AUGGGCAAGCACGAUACCAGGGGCGCCCAGGGGAGAGGCCCAUCCCCAGCUGCUCCUUUAAUGCAGCGGACCCGGCAUGUCCUGUACAACACGCUGGAUCCUAGAAAAGGCCUCAUACGACUAGUUCGGAUCGAUCGCCGACAGAACGACCUGCAGUCAGCAUUCUUCUGUUUGGAGGAGCACCCGAUCGACAAAGCUCCGGAGUAUAUGGCCAUCUCUUACAUGUGGGGGCCUGAUGCCCAAGGAGGCGACAUCGAACUCGAUGGGCACGCCGUUCACGUUCGCCAAAAUCUAUAUAACCUUAUUCACAACGUUCUCACUCGCCGGGUGACCAGCCACAGAGAGACGGCAAGCCCCAGGGGUCUACCCAACGACGUCCAUCACUUUUGGGUGGAUACAUUGUGCAUCAAUCAGAAUGAUCUCGGGGAGCGCAGUCACCAAGUCCAAAUGAUGGGACAUAUUUAUCGUUCAGCCAGGAGUGUGUUCGUAUGGCUCGGACCUGCAGACGACGAUAGCGAUUACGUGUUCGACAUGCAUGAUAGAGUGCGCAGCCCAAAGUUUAAGCACGACUACGGGCAUGAGAGAUUUGCAAAAGCCCUUCUUGCUCUGUUUCGCCGAGAGUAUUGGUAUCGAGCUUGGAUCAGACAAGAGAUCCUCAACGCCCAGAUGGACGACGUUACCAUCAAUUGUGGUGACCGGUCGCUGAAACUGGGACUCCUGGCCGAUGUUUGCUCUGACGGGAGUUGGGGAGCAGAGCUGAAUCGCGCACUAGGCGCAAGUCCUGUCGCGGAUCUUGUUCACCGUGAUGGCUGGGCAGAGAAGCUGGACAGAUUGCUUCAGCUUUAUGGCGAAGGAAGAUGCAGUGAUAUCAGAGAUCGAGUUUACUCCCUCCUCUCCUUGGCCUCAGACCAGGAGGUUGUGUCCGAGGUAUUGCGGGUCGAUUAUACGCAGCCAACAUCAUUUCUCUUCUGGCAACUGAUUUGCUACUUUACCAAACUAUAUGACUGGGCAGGUGCCCUGGCGGCAGCUAGAGGGAUGAAGCAAAUCCUAGAAGUCGAUGAUCAAAUGACAAGGAGCAUCAGAAAUUGGACCACAAUACAGAAAUGCAUCGGGACCGUUCCAUGCAUUGACUGGAUUCGAGAAUUCCUCGGCCUAGCUAGGGAGGCACGGAGGAUCCAGGCACGAAAACGAGCAAGCCCUCAAGAAGGCCAGCCAGAAACUCCAGGUUCAGGGGCGGAAGACGAAGAGUAUUUUACGCUAUCCUCAACAACAUACGAAAAGAUGAUCUCGGAGAGUAAGCUAAAGGACCCAGCCUGGUCUAACUGGAAACAACACGAGAGAAAGCGGAAUUUUCAACAGCCAUCAAGCCCACCCAUACAAAACAUGGCGGCGCUCAACUCUCGUGCACAUGAUACAGCGCAGCUCCGGCCAAUCAUUCAUAACACUUCUCCGGCAUGGCUCCGUUUGAUUCGAAAUAGGCUGACUAAAAACGACUGGUUUGACUCGCUAGAUUGGUUCAACUUCACCUUAGAAGCCAUUGACCUAGCUUCUCGAGAUUUCAAUGAGAGGUCUGCGAGAUGGAAGAAACUUCUUGAAUGGUUGGAAUCCAUCAUCAACACCCUCAGGCUGAGGAUUGAACGGAUGAGGAAGAAUUAA